UUGCAAUCGCAACAAAACCUUUCAAAUCGUUCUUUGUAUAAUUAUUAGUUUAACGCCCUCAAUUAAAGGGGCCGGCGGUGUCUUACAUAUUUCGAUUAUAUCUUUACGCGGCACAAAUUGCAUUUCAAUGUGGACCCAUUUCGCUUUAACGCCUAAAGCAAUUGCCCUUUGUAGACAUGUCGGCUCAUGGACAAAAUAAAAAGAGUGCUCUGUACUUAUGUAAUGUAUUACAUUAUAUCCAUUGCUUUGUUGAGGAAGAGCCCUAAAGCUAAAAUUAAAAAAAAAAAAAAACUAAAAAAAAGCUGAAAUGGUUUUUAAAAUAUUUCCGUUAUACAAACCAUCAACACUGAAGUCCUGUAUAUUUCUCGCAGCUGAAUAUUCAAAAAUAUGACAGAUAGAUGUGUGUUUGUGUGAAUAAUCUUUGUUCUCGUCUUUUGUAAUAAUGUUUGGCUUUCCGAUACAAUUAAAUAUAGCGAGACUUCAAAACCACAAUGUAUGAUUAUCUUUAAACUAAAAAUACGAUUAACGUUUAAAAAUAGAUAAAAUACCGAUACAUAGAAUAUAUGAUCAUUUUUGGAACCGACAAACGAAUAUAAAAAGUAACGGCUUAAAGAAGACUUAUAGAGCUUCUAAAAUGUCCCUAAAAUGACCGGAGAUAGACUGAAACAUGGGUGUCAAAUUAGGGACUUGUGUUUAAAUGUUUAAAUAUUUAAUAGUAAUAGACCACUAGAUUAUGUAAUCCAUGCCUUUACACAAAUCCUUCCAAAUCGAAUAUAUACUAAACAUCAUAGCAGUACGAUAGUCUAAAGUGAUGAAAUAACGAAUAAAAAACAAACCGAAAUUGUGCGAUUUAAAUCGMAAAAAAGACGAUACUAGAAAUGCAAAAACAUGCGGUCAUACUCAUGACGCAGGCGCAUUAGCAUGCACCUGUUUUGUUUUCAAUCGCUUCGGCAAACUCUUACGGCAUGAUUGUGGRUUUGAAGCGAUCGUGAUCUAAAUAAUAUGGGACAAGAUUUAGGGAAAACAAGCCGUCUCCUAAGUAUCAGGCGAAAGGGAAGAUGCCCUCCUGAACAAGCUCGUUUCAAAGGAGCGGAGUUGCAAUCUACAGACGAGAUUCAAUAUGUUACUCACAAUGGAAAUCGCCUUGAUGGUCUUGAAGACCUGCUACAGCACACAAAGUUUACAAGACAAGAAUUACAACGAAUGUAUAGAGGUUUUAAAAAUGAAUGCACAAAUGGCUUAGUAGACCGUGAUACAUUCAAGAAAAUAUAUGCUCAGUUCUUCCCUUAUGGAGAUUCUAGUCAAUAUGCCAACUUACUAUUCAACGUCUUUGAUCAAAACAAGAAUGGGAGGAUUUCCUUUGAGGAUUUUGUUCUCGGACUAUCUGUGUCGCUCCAUGGUACUUUAGAUGAGAAAAUGAAAUGGGCCUUUCAGCUGUACGACUUGGACGGUGAUGGAGUUAUAACAAGAGAGGAGCUUGCGACAGUAGUUCACUCCGUGCAUUGCAUGAUGGGCGARGCCUUAUCAUCUGGAGAAGAGUGUAGUGUUCAAGAACAAGUCGAGAGAUUAUUUGCGCUUAUGGAUACGAACGAAGAUGGCGUUAUUACAGAAGAUGAGUUCAUUGAAGGAUGCAAAAAGGACGAAUCAAUAAAACAAAGCCUUGCUGUGCUAUCUUCAACCCGAUAAUUCAAUGGAAAAAUGGMAAAAUUAUACAUUCUGCAUUUCCGUUCCUGCUUUACAUCUGCGUCGGUGCAUUUGAUAACCAACUCUUCAUUUUUAUGAAGAUCAAAMCAAACAUUCCUUUUUGAGAAUAUCUUUAUGUAUAGAAUUAUUGGCGUGUUUUGUUCACGACCAGUGCGCUUGUGAUAAAGAACACUACAUAACUGAUAGACAUAAUGCAACUACUCUUCUGUUGUCUGGAGCUGUCACUCACAAUAUUGAAGUUUCUCUGGCUGAGGACGUAUUGGCGCCAUGGUGUACCAUGAAGCGUGAGCCAUGGAUCUUAUUUAGUCGCGUGGCUAUUAUUCGUGCUGCCAGUCCAGGUUURGUCGGAGACCAUUGGGCAAAAACUGCCAAGCCAAAGAUUGCACUUCCUGGAGAAGUGUGCGCUGAGACAGUGUCAGCUAUAGGAUGAGAAUCAAAAGACUUGUGUAAAUAUUUCUUUAAUUCUAUACUGCGACUUGGCAGUGCAGUUUCAAAACUAAUAUAUGAAAAAUGAACUAUAUUGAUUGAGAAUGUCKUUGUAUAAUAGAAUUAUUUCAAAUCUUUUCUGAUUGCCAAACGCUUAAAUAUCUGCAUGAAUAGAAAUACUAAUAUAAAAAUACAACAUGCAGAACAGUUUGUAAGAGUACCUGUGAUUUUUACUUGCUCAAAUAUAGAUUAUUGCCAAAUCUAGA